UAUAUACCUACUCACCUCAUAUUAUUGAUACAAAGAAAAUUUUCACUUUGCUUUUGUUUUCAAGUAGAAAGAAAAAAGGGGGAAGAAAAAAAAUGGGGAAAGAAGUGAAGGUGUUGGGGUUAUGGCCAAGUCCAUUUGUGAUGAGGCCAAGAAUUGCACUUAACAUAAAAUCAGUAGAAUAUGAAAUGAUUGAAGAAAACUUGAAUCCAAAAAGUGAGCUUUUGCUAAAAUCAAACCCUGUUUACAAAAAAAUACCAGUAAUUAUUCACAAUGAUAAGCCUGUUUGUGAGUCACUCAUUAUUGUUGAGUACAUUGAUGAGGCGUUUCCAUCUGGUCCAUCCAUUCUACCAACUGAUCCUCAUGAUCGUGCCAUCCAACGCUUCUGGGCUUCUUACAUUGAUGAUAAGUGGUUCCCUAGAUUCCAUGACGUAGUCCAAACACAAAGUGAGGAAACAAGGGCAGCAGCAAUAGAGGAAGUAAAAGAAGGGUUGGUAUUGUUGGAGGAUGCCUUUGAAAAAUGUAGCAAAGGUAAGCCCUUCUUUAACGGUGACACAAUCGGCUACCUUGACAUCGCCUUUGGAUGCAUUGUCGGGUGGUUGCACGCCACCGGAAGGAUGUUCAAUGUGGUGUGGCUCAACCAGGAGAAGACACCAAAUCUCCUUGCUUGGGCGGAGAAAUUUUGUGCUGAUGAUGCUGUCAAGGAUGUUAUGCCUGAAAUUGAGAAGCUUUUGGAGUUUGCUGAAAUUAUGAAGGCUAAGUUCCAAGCAGAAGCUGCCAAUCAAAGUUAAAUGAUUAUUAUAGGUUUUGUAUUGCAAAUGGUUGAUGAUUUGUACUUCUGUAUGAGCUAGUUUUAGUCGGCUAAAUAUUUUACUAUUGUAUCAAAGUAAAAAGACUAUCCAAUAAGACCUUUAUUCAGAGUUCUAAAGCAAUAAACUUCUUGAUAUGUUUCCUUAAAGACGAUGUUAGCAUCAACUACAAGAAUUGACUUAUGGACUGAUAUGUAGCCCAACGUCACGCGAACGAAAAAUGAAUAAAAUGAUUAUAAGAAGGCAUAUUCAAUUCUUUUA